GAAUCACAAGAUCUCCGAAUAACUUCACUCUCGACCUGCAACCUUUCCAAGAACUAUUCUUCUGCGACCGUGUCUACUCUCAACAAAAUCCCACCACCUUCCACCAAGAUGUUUAUCAAGUCAAUUGUCGGUCUUAGCAUCGUUGCUCUCGUGGCAGCUCAAUCCUCCAACGACACCAUCGAUCCUAACUCUGUUGACGCCGUUAUGAGAUCCCAAUGGUGUACCGCCGAAAUCAACACUUGUGGCACUUUAUGUAGCGGUGCCAUCGAUGCCAAUACUUGUGACACUAGUUCCUUGAACUACACCUGCACAUGUUCUUCCAACGGAUCCACUCCAGGUCUCCAAUACUACAAACAAACCAUGCCAACCUACAUCUGCGAAACCAUUUACGCAAACUGCAUUGCCGCCGGUGAGAACGAUGCCGCCGCGCAAAAGCUUUGCAAGGAGACCGAAGCGAAGAACUGCGGUCAAUUGGAUCCCGAUAAGUUCACCGCUCCUGCUACCACUUCCGCAAGUUCAACUGCCUCCGCAACCGCCACUAGUACUUCCGCUGCAUCCGCCACUAGCGCUUCUGCCUCUGCUGCUACCUCUUCUGCCGCCGCUUCAGCUUUGAACAUUGGUCACGAAUUUGGUACUGGUAUCUUCGCCGCAGGUUUUGCUGCGGUCUUUGGUUUGAUGCUUUAAGAAGGGAUUUCAGACGAUGGAUUUGGGGAUAAUUACCAUGAUCUUUGUAUCCUUACAAAGAGCAUGAGAUUUUUUUGAAUCAUCCGAUGAUGAUUGUGUGCAUAAUUUUGACGCUUUCACUCCAUUGUUUUUGUUUUUAGCGCGUGUCUUUUCUUUUCUGAUUAGCAUUGGUGUUCAUGGCUCGUGGUUUUCACGUUUCUGCAUCGAUCUAUAUCCAUUCAAUGUCUUUGAAGGCAUGUCUGAAGUGGCUGUGCUGCUAGGUUUAUAAAAGCAGAUAUUUUAAUACCGGUCAAGGGGAUGAUUAAUGAUUGAGAUGAGAGUGAAGAAUGGUAGCUGAUGGAGCUCGAAUUCAAUACAUACCA